GUUCCGUAUCGUAUCAGGACAGUCAUUAGAGACUGACUGAUCUUUGAUGAUGGCGGCGGUUUCUCCUGCAUCGGCUGAUGUACCUGGGCUGGAGACCCAGUGGAGAGAAAUUGAGAGCCUACUUAAAGGCCAGGAGCUGCGAGCAGGAGACAGCUGGUACCUCCUGGAGAGGCGCUGGUUUAGUCAGUGGAAGGAAUUUGUCAAAACCGGAGACCAGAAUUCCACUUCAUUUCCUGGACAGAUUGACAACACAGAGCUUUUUGAAGAUUUGGAGUCUUACCGUCUGAAGGAACGGCUGGUUGAAAACGAAGACUUCAUAUUUGUUCCUGCUGAGGCUUGGCACAAACUUCUGUCCUGGUAUGGCAUGUUGCCUGAUCAGCCAGCCCUGGAGCGUAAGGUUGUGGAUCUGCCCAGCACCCUCAAGGUGGAAGUUUACCCUGUUGAAAUUUUCCUGUGCCUUCACACUGACAUGGAAAGCCCUAUUUUGGCCCAGUUCAGCCGAGUUGACACCAUAGAUACUAUCCAGAAGUUUAUGAGACACCAGCUUGAUAUCCUUGGUUGUGCUGAAACCAGAAUUUGGAUGAAAAGUUCUGACACCAGCUGUGAACGUCUGCGGAACAUGCAGCUAACUGUCUUGGAUGCGGGACUCAGCUCUGGCAUGACUGUGAUCAUGGAGACGAGAAAUCCAGAUGGCACAUGGCCAAGUUCCAGGCCUCAGAUUAUGAGAAAUUCCCUGGAUGAACAUGAUUCCUACAGGGGUCAGCCAGGGGUUUGUGGACUGACAAAUUUGGGAAACACAUGCUUCAUGAACUCUGCUUUGCAGUGCCUCAGUAACAUACCACCCUUGACGGAGUACUUCCUAAAGAAUGCCUACUUGGAGGAGUUGAAUUUUACAAAUCCACUGGGAAUGAAGGGCGAGAUUGCUGAGGCUUAUGCCGAUGUUAUCAAACAGAUGUGGUCAGGAAGACAUUAUGCCGUUGUCCCUCAUUUUUUCAAGACCAAAGUAGGUCAUUUUGCCUCUCAGUUUUUGGGAUACCAGCAGCAUGACUCUCAGGAAUUGCUGUCUUUUCUUUUGGAUGGACUGCAUGAAGAUCUAAACCGGGUGAAGAACAAGGAAUAUAUUGAACUGAGAGAUGCUGAUGGUCGACCAGACCAGGAAGUGGCAGAAGAGGCCUGGCGCAACCACCGGCGACGGAAUGACUCUGUCAUUGUAGACACAUUUCAUGGACUCUUUAAAUCCACACUAGUCUGUCCUGAAUGUGGCAAAGUGUCCGUAACAUUUGAUCCUUUCUGCUACUUGAGUGUACCAUUGCCAGUUAGCAAAGAACGUGUGAUGGAAAUUUUCUUUGUGUCACUUGACCCUGCAGCAAAGCCUGUGCAGCAUCGAGUGGUGGUUCCUAAAGCGGGAAAGGUGUCUGAUCUGUGUGCUGCCCUUUCCAAGUCAACUCGUGUGCCAGCCAACCAGAUGGUAGUUGCAGACGUCUUUAACCAUCGCUUCUACAAGAUUUACCACAUGGACGAGUCCCUAAACUGCAUUUUAGACCGGGAUGAUAUUUUUGUAUAUGAACUAAGUAGUGACUCCCUUGAUGAAGAGGGUGAUGAGGUGGUUUUGGCACUUUAUCUGCGUGAGCGAUCUCACUACAGUUCAAGCAGCAGCUAUGGGACCUCUCUAUUUGGGCACCCUUUGCUCAUUUCAGUGCCCCGGAACAAGUGUACCCAAGAAGCCUUAUACCAGGUCUUUCUGCAUCGUCUAGCCCGCUAUGUUCACCUCCCGGAUUCCUCUGAGGAAGAGGUUGAGGAUGAGGACAGUCCAGAGGAAGAUUUGUACAACCUGCAGUCAAAUGGUCUCAGUGAAAAUGCCCUUUCUGAAGAUGAGGCAGAUGAAGAAAAUGAACAAGCAGGACAGUCAAGCCAAGAGGAAGAAGGCUCUGAAUCUGAGGCCCCCAAUACAGAGCACCCUACUAAACAGCAAGCUCUUUCAGUACCACCCAAUACAAUUACAGACAGAGGUAGCAGUGAAGAGGAAAGCCCAACCCAGAGAAGGGCAGCUGAAAGACCCAGGGUAAAAGUGAAUGCUGAGAUGCAUUCAGGGAGUCCCCUUUCUGAGGACGACGACUCAUUCCAGGAUCGCCAUGCUAUUGAAAGUCAGGCCAAGAGGAAGCGACACCCACACAGAAGGAGGAGGAGAUUGUUUGCAAUCCAGGCAGUCAACUCGAAUGGCACAACUGAGCGUGGCCAAGGAGAGGGGGGCAAUGCCUUCUCUUUCAGUUCUCAGCCCUAUGUAGCCAUUGAUUGGGACCCUGAAAUGAAGAAAAAAUACUACGAUGAAGCAGAGGCUGAGAAAUAUGUCAAGGAUAAGAGUAUGGACUUUACGCUGAAGCCAAGCUUGAUAGAGUUACAGCAGUGCAUUGAACUCUUUACUACAGUAGAAGUCCUGGAAGAAGAAAAUCCCUGGUAUUGUCCAACAUGUAAAAAGCACCAACUCGCCACCAAAAAGCUGGAUUUAUGGUCGCUGCCUGAAGUUCUGAUAAUUCAUCUGAAGCGUUUCUCCUACACCAAAUAUGCGAGGGAGAAGCUAGACACCAUCGUCGAGUUUCCUAUCAGGGAUCUGGACUUCUCUAGGUAUCUACUGAAGAAGACGGUUCCUCAAGAUGAACCUCCCAGCCGCUAUGACCUUAUUGCUGUUUCUAACCACUAUGGGGGCCUCAGAGAUGGGCACUAUACCACGUUUGCAAGGAAUAAGGAUAGCGGCCAGUGGUACUACUUUGAUGACAGUAAAGUUACAUGUACUACAGAGGAUCGCAUUGUAACGAGUGCAGCCUAUGUUUUGUUCUACCAACGUCAAGACAAGAUUAGCAAGCCUGCUUUAUCCAAGCCAUCCACCAGCACAUCUGACUUUAUGAAGGAGGCUUCCUUCUAUGGUAAGGAGGAAGCUGAUGGAGAGGACUCUUGCCCCAGCAUGGAGACUGACUGACAUGGACGGACUGAGGCCAGGAGUUGCUAUUUUUUAUGUAAAUUUUUGGAGUCUUUUCUCAUAGGACUUGAAUCUACCUUCCCUGAGGGGCAGAGAAAGGACACAAUGUUAAAUCUCAGGCUGGAGCUGUUCUGGGAUUUUAGAGCACAGAGAACUGUGAUAUCGGUACCAUUGUGGCUGCUCUGCUGGGUACGUAGCAGUCAUUGAUCAAUGCAGCCGCUAGAACUGAGAUGUCUAGUGCAGAAAUGCAGUGUCAUAGCUGUUGCUCUUGAAAUCUUGGAUUUAAUGAUGCUGGGUUUAAAAAAAAAACAAAACAAAACAAAAACAAACUGGCAUUGUUGGGUGGAAAUAUCUAUUGUUUGUUUCACCUGCUGAUAGUUGACUGUUUGCACACCACUUUUU